AUGAAAUCGCUGACACUUUUCAUUCUCUUCGUUCUUCUUUUAGGCGAGGUAAUCGGAUAUGCUACUCGGGCUGCGGCUACCCCGAACACCGGCAGCUUGAUAUUAUACCUUUUCCAGAGCAUUUUUCUGGUCAUCCCUCCCCUUGGAUUUGCGGCAACGCUUUAUAUGGUUUAUUCUCGGAUCGUCAGGGCAAUUCAUGGGGAAAAUCUCUCACCAGUUCCCAUGCGAUGGGCCACCAAGAUCUUCGUUGGUGGAGACUUCACCUGUUUCAUGAUCCAAGGCAAUGCUGCUGGCCUACUGGGUAGUGAUAACACGACUAUCGUUCAAAUUGCCGAUUAUAUUAUCAUCGUCGGCCUGGUUCUGCAGAUUCUGCUUUUCCUACUCUUCAUCGUCUGCUGCAUUAUUUUUCACAGAAGAAUGAACGUUUACGUUAAGGAUACUCGGAUAUACAUUCAAAGCUCCUGGAAGUCGGAUCUCAACAUGCUAUAUGGAACGUCCACGGCCGUGCUUGUGCGUAACAUCUACCGAGUUGUUGAGUACGUUAUGCAGUCAAUAUCGCAGCACCGCUAUCUUCUCACCCAUGAGUGGCCUCUCUACGUGUUUGACAGUCAGUUGAUGCUCUUUCUCAUGAUUGGCUUUUAUGUCUGCAACCCGACCAAGCUUCGGCAUUGCACUACGGAAUCUGAGAUGGAACUGCAGUCUAGUGAGUCGCCAGCGUCUGCGAAGUCUUCAAAUGCUGCCAGCCCAUCGAAUUGA